AUGCCUUUGCAACUCCAGGAGGGCGCCCACCCGCCUUCUCCCUUCAGCGCGCUGGAGACAGUAGAUAGAGUAAUGGACAGGAGCGCCCCAGGAACCCCGGAGUUCGACAUGUGGAAGGAUUACCUGAACCUGGCCACUGAGGUCGAGGGGAUCCGGCGGUCCGGCGUCGGAGACGGAGCCGCGCCCGCCGCGCCCAGCCCGCCGCCGCGGGGCGCCUUCCGGCCGCUGGCGGUGGGCGAGCGGCCGCUCUCCCCGGAGGCGGCGAGGAAGGACGGCGACGGCAUCUGCGCCUUCUGUCGGCACAACGGCGAGUCGCGCAAGGUCUACUCCUCGCAUGUGCUGAAGGCGGACGGGGGGCGGGUGCUGUGCCCCAUCCUGCGGAACUAUGUGUGCCCGCUCUGCCGCGCCACCGGCGACUCGGCGCACACCCUCAAGUACUGCGUCUUGAACCCCGACCGGCGUUCGCUAUACCGCAACAGCGGUCGCAACUCGGUGGGCAAGAGGUCCAGGCGCUGA